ACAUGACCUCGCCAAGAGUCAACAUGACCUCACCACAUGUCAACAUGACCUCGCCAAGAGUCAACAUGACCUCACCAGGAGUCAACAUGAGCUUAAUGUCUACCAAGUCACCAUCAGUAAAUGGAACAUCACCAAAACCAGUAAUCACAACUGGUUCUCUACCGACAGCCACAGCUGCUCCUGCACCAGACUCAACAAUACAGCUGGGAUUUACCUUGAAUCAAAAUUUUGAACCAGAAUUUGCUGAUAAAAAUUCUCAAAAGUUCAAAGAUUUAGCAAACAAAAUAACAGCUGCACUUGAUAACAUCUAUAAAAACAAAUUUGGGAGAAGAUUCCUUCGAUCUUUGAUACGCUCUUUCAGACAAGGUUCUGUGGUGGUAGAUUCUGAGCUGGUUUUUGCCAAUGCCAGCUCAGUGCCAGUUGCUAUUGUGGUGCAAACCACUCUAGUGGAGGCAGCGUCCAACAGUUCCAUCUUCUCCCUGCCAGUGAAUGUGUCAACCGUUGUUGCAACUGUACCUACAUCUUUCAAUGUAACCUCGGCCCCAUCUGCUGCCUCUAAUGCUACAGUCGCCCCAACUGCUGCCACUAUUGCUACAGUGGCCCCAACAUCUGCCCCUAAUGCUACAGUGGCCCCAACUGCUGCCAUUAAUGCAACAGUGGCCCCAACUGCUGCCCCUAAUGCUACAGAGGCCCCUGCAUUGACUGAUCCCCCGACAUCCAGUGAGGGAAGCCUUCGCCUUCUUUUCAGUCUCAGCCGAACAUUCACACCCAACCUCUCGAACCUAUCCUCUGCGGCUUUUAAGGCGUUGGCUGUUGAAGUCAUCAAAGAGAUUAACCGAGUGGCCAAAAAUCUCUAUGGAUCCCCCUUCAAACGCACCAUCAUUAACAAUUUCACGAGUGGAUCCGUAAAGGUUGACAGCACCCUUGUGUUCCAAAAUAAGAGCUCAGUUCCUGAAGCAAGCAAUGCAACUUCACAAUUCAUCAGUGCGCUCACCAAUUCCUCCCUUGGCAUCGUACCAGGCAGCAUUUCUGCACUGGCUCCAACUGCUGCCCCUAAUGCUACAGUGGCUCCAACUGCUGCCCCUAAUGCUACAGUGGCUCCAACUGCUGCCCCUAAUGCUACAGUGACUCCAACUGCUGCCCCUAAUGCUACAGUGGCUCCAACUGCUGCCCCUACACAGUCCACAUCAACUUCAAGCAGCCCCCCUGUGCCCACAACGGGCUCACUGGCAGUCUUUUUACUUACACUGCUGGCUGUAGCACAGAUGCUGGUAGACCUAUAACAGACAUUGGAGGUAAUAAAAGACAUACAAAUAAUGCAUAUUGAAAUCUAGCAAAGCAGCGUCAUUUGGUAAAAAAAACAUUUUAUCAAGAUAAUCAUUAAUUACCACCAAUUCCUUUGAAAAUACUUCCUUACAUGCCAUGUUUUGUUUUGGAUAAUGUACUUGUACUUAAAACAUUCUCACUUUCUG